AUGAACGAUUUUCAUAACGAGCUUGAAACGAAAGCUGAGCACGACGAAGGCGGAGGAAGCGCAUCGCCGAGACCCAUCAAUGAGCCCGCGGUAUUCCCAGCGAGAGAGGACCAUGACCAGCAGCUGCCACCACCUUUUCAACUUCCCCAAAACGAAGCACAAGCUUCAGACGCGGAGCCAUUUCAAUCGCUUGUCGAAGAGCUGAAGCGGCUGAAUCCAGGUGACCCGCAAUUCGCGCACCAGGCUGCCCAGAUCGUGAGAUUUUACCGACGGCUGUAUGAAUCUUACCUCGCAAAAAAGUCCGAGAGCGAACGUCUUGAGAGCGCAAAUGGGGAGCUCCGCACAGUAAAGAUUCAAUUGUGCCAAGAACGUGAAUAUAUGAAAACUAGGUACGCUAAGCAGGAAGAAGAACUAGCCUGUUUUGGACAAGCAUUUGACAGUCUCGGCACGGCUAUUGGUAGUCUCCUAGGAAGCUCAGAGAGUGGCAUUCUUGAACAGAUGCGUGAGACAGGCGAUCAGGUAGACCAGGAAGCUCCCUAUAUUGCUACCUCUAAGCCUCUGACUGCAGUACACAAGAAACCUCUCAAAGGACACUGCCAAGAAUGA